CAAUUGGGUUGUGCCUACAUUACACAAUUUGUAAAUAGCGUUGAGGAUUACUUGAACGGGAAAUCUCGGAUGGUAGCUGACCUGAAAUUUGGUCAUUCAUAUACUGAGAUUAUUGUACUUACUACGUUGGGUGUAUUUAAAAACGAAUAUCCACUUGCAGCAGAUUUAACUCUUGAACAAAUGAAAGGCUUAAAGUAUACAACACAAAAAGCUUUAUAUUGGACUUCUACUAUUUACUUUGAAAUUUAUACUUCUCCAGGCAAAGAUGUAUUAAUGCGACUUGUAGUUAAUUUUGAACCGUAUAUAAUUCCGGGUUGUGGUGGUGAAUAUUGUAAAUGGAGCAAAUUUAAGGAUAUUUUAAGUG